UUCGUCUUUCUUCGCCACCAAGGAAAAUUCUCUCUGUAUCUCUUCACAAGAAGCUGCAUUUCCCGGCUUAGCUCUUCACACCCAUCGCCAGGUUCUUCCUCAAUCCGUCGUAAGCUCUAGUCUUUAGGUGGGAUUUGCUUUUCGGUGUGUGGGUUCUUGUGUCGGUGGUGCGUCGAUGGAGAAAAUCUCUGGCGAGCUGACGCGGGCGGAGUUGAAGAAGGAGAACCUCUUCAAGGCGUACGAGCAAGCGCACUCGCAGGCGUCCUCGGUCCUCUCGUUUUCGCUCCAGUGGAAGGACCUGGAGGAGCACUUCGAUGGCAUCCGGAGGUCCCUCGAGCGCCGGGCCGAGGAGCUCGACCAGCGCGAGAGGGAGCUCGCGGAGCGAGCCGCCCGGGACGUCGCGUCACGGGAGGAAGGGCUGCGGUCGGCGCGGCAGAUAGUCGAGGAGUGGGAGGAGGAGGUUCGGCGAAAGAAGAUGGACUUGAGGUCGGUGGAGGAGGUGCUUGAGAAAUGCAGGGAUGGACAUAGGGAGGUGGAGAAGCAACUGGUUGUGAAGCACGAGACCCUUAGGGAGUGUACCUCACUGAUCAGGGACAAGAAGAAUCAGCUGAGCACUAUUAAGCAGAAGACUGAGGAAUGUGGCCGGGACUAUGAUUCGAAGAAGGUGGAGGUGGAGGUCCUGCGACAGGAAUUGGACUCGAUGGAGAAGAAAGUCGGGGAGGUGCGGAGUUUGCUAAAGGAAAAUGUUCAAGAACUUCAUGUGAAAGCUGGGGAGUUGGGCACGGCGAGGCUCUCUCUUGAGGAGUGCUCUAGGGCGGUUGAAUCUAAAGAGAGUCAACUCCAUUCCAUUAAUAUAUUGAUUGAGAAGCACAAAGAGGAGCUCGAAUCGAAAAAAACAGAGCUUGAGGAAAUCAAUAUGUCGAUCAAUGAGUGGUUGACGGAACUUGCUUUGAAAGAUAAGGAAUUGGGGUCCAUUGAAUCAUGUAUUGGAAAGAAAUCUGAAGAGCUUAAUUCCAAGGAAGGUGAACUGGAAAAUAUGACAAAGCGGGUGAAGCAGUGCAAACAGGAAACCGAGUCAAAGAAGGAAGAUCUUGCUUCAGUCCAGGCAAAAUUAGAAGAGGUUGCCAAAUCUUUGCAGUUGAAAAGUAGGGAAUUCAAUGCUGUCCAAGCAUCUAUCAAGGACCACAAUCUUGAACUUGCAUCAAAAAAGAGCCAGCUAGAGUCGAUCGAAGUUAAUAUUACCCAACGUGCGGAGCAACUCCUAUUGAAAGAGCAAGAGUAUGCUUCCAUUCAAACCUCAACUCUUGAAUGCACCAAGGUCCUUGAGUCCAAAAGGAAGCAAUGUUCUUUGGGAUCUACUCGGCAGUGGCAAAUAAAGACUGAGGAGCCAGAAAAUUUUGCUGGGCACAAUGCAGAUUAUUCUUCGGUCGAAUAUCGACCACCACCAACUAUCUUAGCUAGGAAUUGUUUGCAGCUUUUCCAAAUUGAGCUUUCGAAUGAGAAUGCUAUGCUAUGCAAAGAAAUCUCACAUACACUGCAAAAUUCGUCUGACCCUGCAAAGCUUGUUCUGGAUGUUAUUGCUGGGUCUUGUACUCAAUCCUCAAACAGUAGGGAUAUGAAUUUGCAGACAGACGUUAGGAGGAGUCAUAUUAUUCUGUUAGAGCAGCUCGUGAGUAUUUCGCCUUCAAUAACACGUGAGGUCAAAGAAAGAGCACUGAAGCUGGCAAGAGAAUGGAACGCGAAAUUGUCUGACAGACCCAAGAGCGCUUUGGAGGUUUUGGCAUUUCAGCGGUUCUUGGUUGCAUACGAUUUGCUUUCUUUGUCCAAUGAUGCUCCUCUGUUUGGCCAGAUCCUUGCUCUUGUCAAUGAGAUUACAGGUGCAUCUCCAGCUUCUACAAUGUAUACGCCGACUUUCGAACAUCAGAAAGUUUUCCCUACUCAGUGUGCAUCUAAACAGGAGGUGGGACACAAAGGUAUUUCUAACCCUGAGAAGGAUAGGCCUGAUGUCUUCAGGAAGACUCAAGUUCGACCUGAAAAGGUAAAUAAGAAGAGAAACAGAAGACAAGUGGUGGAAUCUAGUGAAAGUUAUGACAGUGGAAGCAGCAGUGAGUCUGAUGAAGAUUCAGUUAUCUUUGCAUGUGGUAACUUUCAGGGGAGCCAGAACUAUGGUCUCCCGUGCGAGCAGUCCAUACGGAGAUCGACUCGGCAAAAACAGCAGGUUUCUUAUAGAGAAAAUUUAAGUGAUGAUGAAGACACCAACCCUGCGAAAAGUUCUAAAGGGGGCAGCCCAUCUUCUUCUACUGAAGAGGAAUUCGACUUGGAUGGAAAAGAUGGCUUGGCUUAG